UUCUCUUACAAGAUUUUAGUGUGUUAGUGAUAAAGUACAGGAGGGAUUGUUAGCAUCGUAUAAGAGAAAACUGUUAGAGCUUGUUGUUUAAUGCAUAAAUCCAGCUGUGUUGUGCAGUGUUUCUGAUUAAGGCUGGCGCAGAACCACAUGUUCCAUAGUUGUGCCAUCUGCCUUCCCAUCUGUCCUGAAUUUCCCAUGAUAUCUUCAUUUCUCUGCCUUAGAUGUGACAUUUCUCUCCAGGUGGUCAUUUGUUCACAGGUUUUGGUUCCUCUGAUUUUGCUACGGCAAAUGCUUUUGGAGUUGACAAGACGUGGUCAAGAACCUUUGAGUGCAUUGCUGCAGUUUGGUGUGACUUUCCUGGAGGACCAUGCUGCCGAGUACAUCAUUCAGCAAGGUGGCUGGGGCGCUGUCUUUACCCUGGAGCCGGAGGACGAGGAGCGGCCCGCGGGCGCUGCGGAGGACAGCAACGACAUCUACAUCCUGCCCAGCGGCGGCUCCACGCUCGCCAGCCCGCCGGAGUCUCCGACGACCGCGACGGCGUCCUGGCAGGCCGAGGGCUUCCCCGUGUCACUGUCCAGCAGCCAGAGCUGGCGCACCGAGAGCCCACCGGUGUCCCUGGGUCCCGAGUCGUGGCAGCAGGUCACGGUGGACCCCGAAGAAGUCAAGAGCUUGGACAGCAACGGGGCUGGAGAGAAGAGUGAGAACAACUCCUCCAACUCUGACAUCGUGCACGUGGAGAAGGAGGAGAUUCCCGAGGGCGCAGAGGCGGUGGCCGCGGUGGCCCCUGCCCUGAUGGCGGCCGGGGAGCCUGGCCCCGAGGGGUCGGCCGGCCAGACAGCCAGUCCCACGACAUCUCUGUUCGUGGAACUUGCUGAAGAAGAGGCGGGAGCGGCCGUGUCCGAAGCUGCUGAACUGGAGCAGGAGGGGGUCCCGCCCCUAGAGCCCCCGGUGGAGCCCCCAGCAGCCCCGCCGGGCGGAGAGCAGGCGGCCCGCGGGCGGGGGGCGCUGGGGGCAGGGCCCUCCCCGGGCGGCCCCGAGAAAGCUGGCCCGCUGCCCAAGGGCAGGUCCCUCCUGCUCUUCGGAGGGGCAGCCGCCGUUGCCAUCCUGGCGGUGGCAGUUGGGGUGGCACUGGCUCUGAGAAGGAAGUAGAUUUUUUGGAGAGGGAAGACAAAAAGGGGUAAGGUUUUAGUUGUGUCGACUGGACUGGAGCUGCCAGGAGCUGGCUGGACAUCCCUUGGACACUCCGGGGUCAGGAGGACUUGGGUCCGCAGGGCAGGGGGCCGACCCACGUGUUAGGGCUUGAGCUGGAGGCUGCGCACGGUGGUCUGAUUGGAGGUCCCGGGCCUGGGCGCCUGCUAGGUUCAGGGUCUUGUGUGUAAAGUGCCCCCCCGCCUGGCAUCCACGGCCCCUGGGUAGCUCUUGGGCCUGGGCGCCUGUGCACUGUAGGGUGUGCAGCCCCCGCCCACCAGCCCCGUGGCGCCUUCCCCAGUGGUGACAGCCCCACCCCACGUGUCUCCCCGUGUUGCCAAACGUCCCCCGGGGAUAACGUUGUCCCGUGAGAGCCACAGUCUCAGAGCGAGAGGGUCCCCGUGGGGGGCUGGGGGGCAGACCCCAGGCAGGAGGGCGUGGCUGUGGGCCCCUCGGCUGCUGGCGCGCUCCUGCCUGGGGUCUCUCAGCUCCUCUGUGCUUCCCGCCCUCCGUCCCGCAGCCCAGGUGCGCUGCCGGGUCUCAGCCGCCUCUCAGGUACUGCCCUGCCCGCCUCGCCCCAGGGUGCCCCGAGGCCCCGUGGAGAGGGCUCGCCCGAUGCUUCCCGCGGUUCCCCUUGUAAAGAUGCUGCCUUUAGUCUUUAAACUUACAAGACGGAAGAGACCUGGGGCCCCUGCCCGUGACCGCGGGGCAAGUUUGUCUCCGCGUUCGGAAGCUGGAGGGUGGCUUGGCCUAUUGAGGUUGCUUUCAGCCCUCUUGUCCGGCCACCCUUGAGCCGACGGGGACUCGCCGGCCGGCAGCGUCUCUCUCGCUGGGCAUCGCUGACCGUGACCUGGACUAGCGCGAUCCCCAGGUUCUGGCCGCAGCCGCCUUCCCAGUCAGGCCGCUCCUCUGCGGUCUCCUGCCAGGUGAUAAGCGUUUCCACACGUGGGCUUACAGACCAGGGAAUCCUAACUCUCAUUCAGUACACAAAGUCUCCUAAAUAUCCUUGAAAUAAAAAGCAGGAAAGGGGCUGCCCUUGAGGUUCUAGCUUGGCUUUCAGAGUUCCAUAACGGAGGCUUACACUGAGCUCGUCACGGCCCAAAUGCCAGGGUGACAGACCGUAAUGAUCACGGUCGGCAUGUGCCCGUGGAGACUCAGCGUAGCCUCGUCCGCUGACCGCAUCCCUCACGGGGGGACCGCGUCUCUUCAUGCCUGAGGUCAGUGUCACUGAUGGGACACACGUGCUUGAGACAGGUCAUCUCAGAUUUAUCCUAGUAAAUGUAACAGGUUACUUUUUAAAUCCUGAAAUUUGUAAUAAAAUUACUUUACCUAUCCUGAUCACCAAAA